AUGGCCGAUGGGGACCCCGAUGAGCCAUCCUCCAGGACAGGGAGUCCGGACGUGGCAGGCCAGGCCUCUGAAGACAAAUUGUUGCUCCAUCGGAGACUGGCCAUCCAGGAGCUUGUGGACACCGAGGUCUCCUACUUGAACUUGCUGCGCCUCUGUGCCUCUGACAUCAGGGGCCGCCUCCAGCAGCUGCCACAGAUAGAUCUGGAAGUCCUGUUCUCAAACAUCGAUGAUAUCAUCCAGGUGAAUAGCAGAUUUCUUCAUGGCCUGCAGGAAAUGGUCUCCACAGAAGAGGAACAAGUGCUUCUAAUUGGUAAUUUAUUUCUCAAAUUCCAAGAAGAGUUGGAGAGUGUCUAUAAGAUCUACUGUGCCAACUAUGACCAAGCCUUACUGCUGAUUGAGUCAUACCGGAAGGAGCCAGAACUGCAGAGAGAGAUCCAAGGCAUCAUUGAGGCAGUGGUGCGGCAAGCUGGAUCUUCAGGCCUCAGUUUCUUACUGGUGGCUCCUCUGCAGAGGAUUACCAAAUACCCAUUGCUGCUACAGAAAAUCCUGGAGAAUACACCCCCUGAUGCCAGUGCGUACCCCGUCCUUCAGAGGGCUACCUCUGCCCUCCAGGACGUGAACGCCAACAUCAAUGAGUACAAGAUACGCAAAGAAGUGGCCUCCAAGUACACGAGAGUGGAACAUCUGACCCUGCGGGAGCGGCUGGCACGCAUCAACACGCACACACUGUCCAAGAAGACCACCCGGCUGAGCCAGCUGUUGAAGCAGGAGGCGGGGCUCGUGUCCAGACUGGAAGACAAGGAAUUUGAUGACUUGGAAGAGAAGUUCCAGUGGGUGUCGCUGUGUGUGACUGAGCUGAAGAGCAACGUGGCUGCUUACUUGGAUAACCUGGAGGCUUUCCUCCGCUUCAGGCCACAUGAAUAUAAUCUGGACAUCCCUGAGGGGCCUGUGGCCCAAUACAGCCACUUGGCGAGAGAGCUGCAGCUUGGAGCCUUCCUGGAGUUUAAGCAGCGUCUGGAACAGCUGGUUUGGCGACCCCUGUGCAGUCUGUCCAAAGCCCUGGCUGGUCCUCAAAACCUUAUCAAGAAACGCCUGGACAAACUGCUGGACUUUGAGAGAUUGGAAGAGAAGCUAUUGGAGGUGGGCAGCGUGACCUAUGAGGAGGAGGCUGUCCGGCACACGUACCAGGCACUCAACUCUCUGCUGGUAGCUGAGCUCCCCAAGUUUAACCAGCUGAGCAUGCAGUGGCUGGGCCAGAUCCUGCGCACCUUUGUGGUCUUACAGCAGGACUUUGCAAAGCAAGCACUGCAGAGAGCGGAGAGCAGCUCAGUCCAGCUGCCCCACUACCGUGUCUCGGAACCUGACUUCAGGAAGCUUGUGGAAGACGUGCUUGGCCAGACUGGUGACCAGCUGCGCUCCUUCCGAGAGAACUUUGAGAAAGUGCAGCCACCUCCCACCAUACAACCACUCCUCCCGGGAGCCGAGCGCCAGGUGCAGGCCCUCCUGAGCAAGUAUGGCCCUGGGAAGCUGUACCAGGUGACCAGCAACAUCAGUGGGACUGGGACGCUGGACCUGACACUACCACGGGGCCAAGUUGUGGCCCUCCUUCAAAACAAGGACACCAAAGGCAAUAGUAGCCGUUGGCUGGUGGACACUGGUGGACAGCGGGGGUAUUUGCCUGCUGGGAAACUGGAACUUUACCAUGUUGUCCCCAAUGAGGAAGAGCUCAAGUGGCAGGCGGGUCCACAUGAGGACCCCCGACCUCUAACUCCAGAACCCACUGCAGCCCCAGUUUCCUCUGUACCAGCCGUGACCCAGGUGGUAGCAGCGUACCCCUUUGUGGCCAGAAGCAGCCAUGAAGUGAGUCUGCAGGCUGGCCAGCCGGUGACAGUCCUUGAAGCCCACGACAAGAAGGGGAACCCAGAGUGGAGUCUCGUGGAUGUGAACGGACAGAGGGGCUAUGUGCCUUCGAGCUUCCUGGCCAGGGCCCCAAGCCCAGCUCCAUGGGGCUGGAGACUGCCCUCCUAG